GAACCCCACACCCACACCACCUUUAUUUUCCCUUUCCCUUUCCUUUGCUUGUGAGUUCUGUCCCAAUACAGGGGGCUACCACACCCAUAUCUCUUCUUUUCUUUUUUCCUUUCAUUGAAGAAGAAAACCACAUUCACAUUCACAUUCACAUUCACAUUCACUUCACUCACACUCUUCUCUCUUAUUAUACAUCAUGACACUGACACUACCAUCUUUCAAUACCCUUCUUCUCAUCUUAUUCAUUCCUUGCUAUCUGUCUCUACCUAUCCCUAUCCCUAUCCCUGAUGCAGCAACAGUUCAACCACUCACACCAAAUCCAUCUUCAUCUUUACAAGGAACAAUCCCUGCCUUUCCUGAACAAGCUGAUGUUGCAAGAUGCCCUUUAAGUCUCUCAGAUGAACACUUGAAUGGAAUCAAAAACGCAUGCAGUUCCAAAUCCAACAAACAUGAUGCUGCUGAUGAUGAACUUCACCGUAGCCGAUGUUGUCCUGCUCUAGCUGCGUGGCUAUAUUCUGCUUACUCUGCCACUGCUCUUGGUGGAUUUGAACAUGGACACACUACAUCAUAUGACAUGCCUUUGUUACCAGAUGAUUCUGAAACAUGUGAAAGUGAUUUGGGAAAGGCUUUGAAAGUUAGAGGGAUUGAACUUUUUCAACCUAAUGAGACUUGUGAUGUGGUUUAUUGCUAUUGUGGUAUUAGGCUUCAUCCUUUGAGCUGUUCUGAAUCAUUUAAACUUACAGCUCAUAAUGGAAAUCUUGUUGGGGAUGAAAGUGUCAAGAGAUUGGAGAGAAAUUGUUUGAGUAGUAGCAGUAAUCAUGUCAAUGGAUUUCCUGCUCUAGGAGGUUGCUCUAAGUGCUUGCAUAGCCUCUAUUCGCUUAGAAAGAAGACUUCAAACUCAAGUAAAUCAGGAGAUAGAACAACCAAGAUCCAUAACAAAGAUUGUGAACUAAUGGGAUUAACAUGGCUUCUUGCUAAGAAUAGGACAACUUACAUUCACACAGUUACUUGGGUUCUUCGUGCUUUGAUGUUGAGCCCUGAUGGAUCUGACCCACAAUCAUGUACUCUUAAUAGUGAUGGAAUGCCUCUUGCUGUUGAUUCUUCUGAAAUGUAUGAUCAAUCUUCAUCAAUCAACCUCAAAGUACCAAUCUUUACUUCUUUGUUAUUUCUACUAGCUAUGCAUUUCAUUCUAUUAUCCACUUAACUCAAAAGUCAAAUGGGAACCAAAAGAUUGAUCUCCUAUCUUGGCAUUUGUAAAUUUCAAUAGUAGCUUUGGUGCCUAGCUACUAGGAGUGUAAUUUUUUUAGUUAUUAAUUGAAAUUUGGUUGAUAUUCGUGUGAAAUAUCUACUAGCGUUGUUAAUUAUUAAUCAUGUGUUUUCAUCAAUGAGACUUAAAUCUAAGACUUUACUUUGAUGAUCUGAGUUUAGUUUUACUCAAAUCAAAUUAACGUUGGUAUUAUAUUGAAA